UAUGUAUUAAUUUUUGUUAUUAGCAAUAAUAAAUUUUGUUGUUGAUUUUAUUAGAAUUUCUGAAUUGUUUGAAACUGUGACAAAAACAAAGAUUCCUCCUCAUGUUCGUUCUCUUACAUUGUAUAUGUUAUGUGAUGAUCUGGAAGGAAACGACAUUGAAGAUGUUCCUUAUAUUAAAUAUACAUUCAGAUGAACAACUAUGAACAAUCGAAAUAUAAAGAACCUUGUUAAUCUGUUAUUCCUUAGCAGUCCUUCUAUUAUGUAUUAUUCUCUUUGUUUAUUUGUCUUUUGUAUUUGUGUGUUUAUCUUUGCUGUUUCUGUUAUGCUAGUAUUCGAGCGUACUUAAAGUAAGGGAUAAAUAGAAAGUAAGAAUAUAUUUACGAUGAGUUUGAAUUAAACGAUGAUCAUUCAAAAAGUUCAGAGAUUGACUUUAUGAAAAAAAUGGGAAAAAGCACGGUGACAUUAGUAUUGCUGUCUAUGUGUAGUUCAUACAGUCCUCAUUUUAUAAAUGUCAUGAGCUCUGUUCGAUUAAGCAUUUUUAUCCAAAUAUUGCAAUACUUUUUAAACUGAUAGAAAAUUUUAAAAUUUGAGUAUCCUUCACUCAUAAAAUUUCUAGAAAUGGAAGAACAAUCUUCAUUCAAUGGCCAUGAACAUGAACAUAUGUUGGCACACAUGCACCAUACACUACAGUUUUAGAAUAAAAUUGUAGUUUCAAAAAUGGGCAAUUCAAUAUUGAUGAUAAGUCAUGAUCUGAACGACAUAAAUACAAAAAACAGUUCGAAACUUAAUCAUUGAAAGCCUCUUAUCAUAGUUUAGCAAAUAGCGGGCUCUUUUAGUAUUUCACUUGAUGAAUUAGAUAUGAUUAGAUUUUGUUCAACAUGAAUGUCACAUUCAAUUGCUUCUGAAAAGCUGCACGUAGUUCAUGUAUCAAGGUUUACUGAUUCGUCGUUGAAACGACGAGCUGAUUCAACAACCAUCGUGGGCGGUAAGGUAUUAUCACUUCAAUCUAGGAACGUAUGUUCAUGAAUAUUGAAUUAAAAUUCAUCAUUCAGAACAUAAAAUUUUGCUAAAGACUUUGGCUUUUUCUUCAGUGUAUAUGAGAUGAUUUAAAAAGUAUUGCUAUAUCUGGACAUAAGUGCUUAAGCGAUCAGAGUUGUAACCGAUUCGGCUGGACAAGACCGGUUAAAAUGGUUGGACAGGCCGGUUUUUACCGGUUUAAAGAAAUCUUUUAAUCGAGAAAAAUACCUCUGAUCCCCCUCAGCUUUUAGUCAAUUAAUGACUUUCAGAAUUUUCUAGACAUACGAUUUUUUCUGAGUAAAAUAUAUCGAGAACAAGUUUCAGUUAUUUUAUUAAAAUAAUUGUAUUGUUCCUAAAAUCAUCGGUUUUUUAUUUUCUACUAUUUGUCUAAACUUUUGAAUUUUUUUAAUCAAAGUUUAUUUCAUUCGAUAAAGAGUACAAUCAAAACUGUGUUGCUUGGAAUAAAACUCUCAACUUAUCUCAUUGAGGGUUUGCUAUAGGCUCAACUUAAAGUUGAAUCGUCGUUUAAAGAGAAAUAUAGGUUUUUUCUGUAAAACCGAAGUGAAAAAACUCAAGAUUUGUAGAUUAACAGUCAAGUGUCGCGUACAUAAGUCUUUUUUCUCACAAAAAAACAUUGUAUAUUCCUCUUUAGGAAAAUUGACAGAUAUAAACGACCAUAACAUCAUAUUUCCUCUUAAAGAUCAAGAAAAACCUGAGAAAAAAAUACGAAAAUGAGUGUUUUUUGAAACCUCUCCGUAUAACUGCGCGUAAAUGAGCAAACAAACAGGUCCAUUGAUGCCGAUUUUUACCGGUCUGAAAAGUGUUUUAGAUUGGACCGGUGUAAAAUUUCCGACCGGUUACAACUCUGCUACGAAAGCAAGUGUUGAAGUUGUGCUUCUAUUUCUUACUGAAGUCUAUUCGUCAGCCAAUGAUACAUUCGAACUGUCAGUACCCAUCUAUACUCUGGAGAACUCAUCACUUUCUGUUAAAAGUCCAAUUCUGUGCGCAUGUAAUAAUUUUACUUAUUUCUCCACUGACCUCGCAAAGCAAACAGAAGCAUUUAUCCGUAGUCCUCAGCAAUUCUCUAAACGAAUAGCUAAAAACUAUUCGAAUAUUCACAAAAUGAAAUAGUUGAAGCUAUUCAGCGUAUGCUAGUUUCAGAAUGUCGAAAAAAUUUUAUCGAUUGUAUCAAAUGGGUAAAUUUCUAUUAGUCGAUAUCAACCUAAGAAAAACAAAUAAUUCUUUUUCUUUCAAGUCACGUAAUCUUUUCGAACAACAAUUUCAUAAUACUAUUGCUCAAUUACUUUAUAAUUUUCCAGUGAACAUUUUUGGAGUGGAAAUAAACGAUGUCCACAUGUUUUGACAUUUGAUGUUAAUAAUAAACUUCAUUUGGAUUUUAUUGUUACUGCAUCAAAUUUACUUGCAAACAUCUAUUGCAUAUCCCAAAUAAAUAAAUGAUCGUAAAUCAAUUGCUGAUGAAGUUGCAAAAACACAUAUACCUGAAUUUAAACUGAAAGCUGGUGUAACAAUACACGGAAAUGAUGAACAAGUAAGAGCUGAUCUUAAAAGACACAAAAAUAUAAGUGCAAUGCGCAAAAAAUGGUCAAAGUGCAAACGAUAUAGAAGCUGAACAACUUCUUAGUCGAUUACCUAAACCUGAAGAUGUUCUAGAUAUUAAAAUUCAGCCACAUGAAUUUGAACAAGAUGAUGAUACAAAUUUUCAUAUGGAUUAUAUUAUAGCAACAGCAAAUUUACGAGCUGAAAAUUAUGAAAUACAAAGAGUUGAUCGAAAUAAAAUCAAGAGAAUUGCAGGAAAUAUUAUUCCAGUUAUUGCAACAACAACAGCAAUGCUUACUGGACUUGUUUGUCUUGAAGUUUAUAAAUUUGUUCAACAUCAUAAAAAUAUAGAAUCAUAUCAAAAUGCAUUUGUUAAUUUGGCUUUACCAUUUUUUGGAUUCUCCGAACCAGUAAGAUCA